GGCUCAACCGGGGAGGGGCUGAACCCUCCCUUCACCACUCUGGUCUCCAACCAGCUCACCAGCAACAGCCAACUUUCCUCUCUGCCCGGCAAGUUGCCAAGCACAGCUAUGUCGUCUAAGUACCCUGUGGGUCCCACCGAAACCGAGCGUUGCAUCGAGUCACUGCUGGCCGUCUUCCAGAGCUAUGCUGGGAGAGAUGGAGACGGCAACACACUCUCCAGGAAAGAAUUCAAAACAUUCAUGAACAUAGAGCUGGGCUCUUUCACAAAGAACCAGAAAGAUCCAGGCGUUGUCGACCGUAUGAUGAAAGCCCUGGACAGGGACAACAAUGAGAAGCUGGACUUUUCCGAGUUCUUGAACCUCAUUGGAAGUCUGGCAUUGACCUGCCAUGCGCAGGUGGCAUCCCCGCCCACCACCGGGCCCCACCAACCAAAAUUCCUGAACAGGCGGGGAAGAGACAGGCGUGGCUCAACCGGGGAGGGGCCAAACCCUCCCUUCACCACUCCGGUCUCCAACCAGCUCACCAGCAACAGCCAAGUUUCCUCUCUGCCCAGCCAGUUGCCGACCAAAGCUAUGUCGUCCAGGUACCCCGUGGGUCCCACCGAAACCGAGCGUUGCAUCGAGUCGCUGCUGGCCGUCUUUCAGCGCUAUGCUGGGAAGGACGGAAAGAGCAGUACUCUCUCCAAAAGAGAAUUCAAAACAUUCAUGGACACGGAGCUGGCCUCUUUCACCAAGAGCCAGAAAGAUCCGGGCGUCGUCGACCGUAUGAUGAAAAAGCUGGACAUGAAUAAUGACGGGCAGCUGGACUUUCCUGAGUUCUUGAACCUCAUCGGAGGCUUGGCCACGGCCUGCCAUGAACACAUGGCAUCUGCCCCCGAGCCCCACAAAAGACUGUGAAGGCAUCCGAGCGAUUUCAAACCUUGUCAUCCAAAGCAUUCCAAAAUCAGGGAAGGGUGUGUACAACAUCCUUUACUCUUUCUGUUUCCCUUGUUAAAAUUUGAAUAAAAUCGAGAAUUAAAAGCA